AUGGAGAAAGAAGGCGACACCAUCUCAGACAAGAAGAAGGAGAUAGCCCUGAAGAUCCGAGGCACUGAGGCGGUCAAGCGCUACUUCGGUGUGCAGAACGAGCGCAAGGACUUUGCCAAGAUUGAGCACCUGCUGUCACCCGUGGUGCGUGAGAAGGAGGAGGCGAUGUUUAAAGAGGUUGACGAAGAGAUGGAGGCCAUUCAGCUGAUUGCAGGCGAGAUGAAGCCCGGGUGGAACAAGACCUUCCUGCAAGAGUGUGCCGAUGCGCUGGGGCAGCAACGGCGUACGGAGAGCAAAGGUGGACACUCGCACGACGGUAAACCGUGCCACGGCCACGGGCCACCUACAGAGGAAGACCAUGGACACUCGCACGGGAACGGCGCACCCGAGCAUGGGCACUCCCACGACGGGAAGCCCUGUCAUGGGCAUGGCCCCCCUAAACCCCCCCAGGGGGUGCAAGGAGGCCCCCCCCAGAACCCUGGCGAGGUGGGGCAGAUCUCUCUGGCCAUUUCGGUACCGCAGGCGACACACACGGCGGGGCAGAACCCAUUGGAUGGAGAUCCCAAUGAGGUGCUAACCGUGCAACGGAUGAUCACCACGCCCGACGGCAAGAAGCCCCUGGGCAGUCCUAAGGCCAUUCCACGCAAGAACCUCAGAGAGCUGUUGCAGAACAUGAAGGCCACCAUGAAGAAGUAG